CUUGCUAAUCUUCUUGCAUUUAACAUUGAAAUCCAUUUUUUUUUUUACUUGUGUGUCCCACAUAAGCGACAAAGUGACGAAUAAUGUUUUUUUUUACGUUGUUUCGACCUCACGUGAGAUCUCGCGAGAGUUAACGUACUUGCUGGCCCGCAGAGAGGAAGAAUUGCGGAAGACGGAUCAGGAGGAGGCUAGCGAGCUACAGCGAAUUAUCCGUCCGGACCAGCAGCCGCCUUUUCGUCUUGACGCUUUAAACAUCUGGAAUAACGGUGUCGUCAGAGAAAGGAUAACGAUGACUGCCACGCCUUACAACUACUCUUACAUCUUCAAAUACAUCAUCAUUGGCGACAUGGGGGUCGGCAAGUCCUGUCUGCUGCACCAGUUCACCGAGAAGAAAUUCAUGGCGGACUGCCCUCACACCAUUGGGGUGGAGUUUGGGACCCGGAUCAUGGAGGUCCACAGCCAGAAGGUGAAGCUGCAGAUUUGGGACACGGCCGGCCAGGAGCGCUUCAGGGCCGUCACCAGGUCCUACUACAGGGGGGCGGCGGGGGCCCUCAUGGUCUACGACAUUACCAGGAGGAGCACCUACAACCACCUGAGCAGCUGGCUGACGGACGCCAGGAACCUGACCAACCCAAACACGGUGAUCAUUCUGAUCGGCAACAAGGCCGACCUGGAGGCUCAGAGAGACGUGACGUACGAGGAAGCCAAGCAGUUUGCUGACGAGAACGGUUUGUUGUUUCUGGAGGCCAGCGCCAAGACAGGAGAGAACGUGGAGGAGGCUUUCCUGGAGGCCGCUAAGAGGAUAUACCAGAACAUUCAGGAUGGAAGUUUGGACCUGAAUGCCGCAGAGUCCGGGGUCCAGCACAAGCCGUCGGCGCCGCAGGGGGGCCGCCUGAACGCCGACAGCCAGCCGGCCAAAGACGGCUGCAGCUGUUAAACCACGAACGCGUUCCCGCUGACGGCUUGCUUCAGGACGGAUUUCCCGUGAACUCGACACCUCCACCCACUCCCACAGCUGGACGGAAGCGUCCGUCCACCGUCGACGACACACGGAGACCUUCUUGUCCGACCCAAGACCAGAACCACGCACUCAUUUGGACUUUGAUUUUCAGAGCAGACUAACCAUGUGUUCAUGUUGUCUCGCGUGGAUCAAUCCUACAGCAAUCUCGGCUAAUCUCAUUUGCACUUUUUCUUUAGCUUUGUCCCCCUCUCCCUCUGCUGGUUUUUAUUUGAAAGGCCUGCUGGUCCUCUAGAGGGGUUUCACAGAACCUUCUAGAUGUAAACACAUCGAAUAUGUCAAUCCACGCUCGCUCCCUGGUGGACACCCAGUAAAGUGCACAAAUUAAAAAAAAAACUUUUUUUUUUCUUCAAACAUUAUUCCAAAUGAUUUCUUUCCAGCUGACCAAAAAAACCUCCAAAUAAGUGAAAGAAACAUGUUUGACGUACAAAGCAACUCUGUAGCAUUCCAAAUGUAGCGGUUGCUAAGCUUGUCGUGUUGGGAGUGAGCCACUAGGGGGCACUGACAACACUAAAGCGGCCGGCACUUUUUGCUGCUCUCUGGUUGGUUGACAGCAGCCCCGCCUUCAGCCCCGCCCCCCUCCACUGCUCGUCGUACGAGCGAAGACUCUCUCUGUCGGGAACACGGUGAAGCCAGGAAAGAAGGUUAUUUGUGGGAAAAGUCGGACUUUGAGGCCGUCGCCUUAAGCUUCCCGCGCUGUACGGGGGCAGUGUUGUUCGCGUCACGAACCCCCCAUCCAAACACACUUUUUAUUCAUUUGACGUGGAAACUGUCUUGUCAUGUGAACCAGCAUUUUAACAGCCUGAAGGGGGCGCUGUGAGGCUUCACGUCUUGUAUGUAACAAACAUGACUAUUUAUAUUGUACACGUGUAACCUUCAUUGUACGUCUUUGUAAAUAAACUCAAUACGUACGCCACA